AUGGCGUACAGAGGCCUCUUCGUCUCGCUGGUGGACUCAGUGCUUCGAGCCAACGACCCCGAGAAGCAGAAGCUCUUCUUCGUGACCUACCCGCAGUACGGCACACCGUACGACUUGCUCAACACCCUGCAGGAGUCGCUGAAGGCCAAGGAACACAAGGACGAUGGCCCCGCCUUCAUGAACCUGGUGGGCGCCUUCCUUCAACGAUGGGUCGAAAACUGCCCCGACGACUUUGAGAACGACAAGAGGCUCGGGGAGGACCUGCUCAGCUUCGCCCGAGAGAAGCUUAGCGCCGGCCUUUGA